GGCGGGUCAGGAUCCUCCCUCUGGUCCAAAUGUCCCGCUCCGCAGCCUCUCUGUCCACACAGAACCAGAUGAACCCUGAAACAAAGAUGUUCUCCUUCCAGAGCUUCACCAUCAGCCUCACGCUGCUCGCCGCUGGAUUGAUCCUCCUGAGCUCCGCAGUCCCUCUGCCCUCUGAAGACCCAGUGAUGGACAACAGCAGUGACCGGCAGAACGGAUCCACCUUCCUGUACUUCGCUUACGGCAGCAACCUUCUGAAGGAGCGACUGCAGCUGAAGAACCCGUCAGCCACCAUCUACUGCGUGGCCAAACUCAAGGAUUAUAAACUGGUCUUCGGGAAUCAUAAAGGACUGGCGAGUCAGCGCUGGCACGGCGGCGUCGCGACCAUCGAACACAGUCCUGGGGACGAGGUUUGGGGCGUCGUGUGGAGGAUGAACAUGUCGGACCUCGAGUCCCUCGACAGGCAGGAGAAUGUGAAAAUGGGCACCUACAGCCCAGUGGAGGUGAACGUGUCCACCAGCAGACAGGACCUCAGCUGUCGGACAUACAUCAUGAACAGCUGCGUUUAUGCACCACCUUCACCGCAGUAUCUACAGGUUAUUGUGAUGGGCGCGGAGCAGAACGGGCUUCCGGAGGACUAUCAGGAGAAACUCAGGUCUAUCGAAACCAACAAAUACGAGGGACCUCUGCCUGUGAUGGAAGAACUGGAGAAAGCUUUGAAAAAACCGAAAAAAGAAAGGACAGAAGAGAUUCAAUCUGAUGAUUAGCGUCGUGAAUGGUGUCUGUGUGCACACUUAUCUGUAGUCUACUACAGAAUGCACACCACGGGUUAGUUCUCGUCUACGCAGACGAGGGGAAGAAUGUGCAGCAUUUGUAACGUAUGGUAGCAAAACAACUGCAUAAAGUAUUUUAGCUGGCA